UGGCCAGUGGUUGUGCAAUCAAAACAAGUUGUUUAUCGACUAGAAAUUUGUGGUUUUAUACAGUUGAAUCUGUUGGCGAAAACGGCAGUUGGUUCAGUAAUAAAUUGUUUAACAUGUAUUAAGAAUGACUAAUGGUUUUAUUGCCUGAAAACAUAAGGGAUGGUGAUGAAAUCCGUCAUAGACGUGAUGAUCAGGGUUUUCUAAGGUCAAGGAUUUGUUUUUAGUAUGCUAAAAGACGACAGGAUAUUUUGUCACAUCAUCAUUUAAUUUUAAAAACUCAACUGUCAAUCAUCAUUAUGUUUUUCUGAUAGGUCCUGAUAGUAUGUUAAUUGGGUUGAAAAUUUUAGUUUUAAAAAUAGGUGAAAAUUGAGGUGUGCCAAGUGAGGUUAUCAUUAUUCUUGACACUUGACCACUCACAUUGGGGAAUAGUUUACUUUCAUUUUGAUUGGGAAUUUUAACAGUUUUGGAGAAAUACUUUUAAUAAACUUUAAAAAUAGACCAUGGAAAAAAGAAAUGUUAAUCCCAUACCUUGGUUUGAUCUAAAUAGUUCAAGGAGAUUUUAUAUGUUUAAUAGUUUUGGUUACCCAUACUCGACUUGUGGUUGUUAUUAUAAUUGUAUGCCAUAUACACCAGUUCAACAACAGAUGACCUUUGGUUAUAACCAGGCCCCACAACGGCCAAGAAGAAUGGAUCCAUAUUUAAGUAGUGUAUAUGUAACUGAACAAUCAUUAUACGAUCCACCUGUAAGAGAGAAAACAAGUUUGGAUACAUCAGUAUAUGCAUCUAGUCCAAAUUCAUUAUUCAUGUAUGAACAGGAGAAAGCCGAUAUGCAAAGCUCCCUUGGGAAUAUGACAUGUAGUAGGAAGAAUGAGGAAUUUGACUUGAAUUCUCAGUUGGAAACGUCUUGUGAUAUUGCUCUGCCUGUGUCUAAAGGUUCACCAUUGUUCAUAGGAGAGACAUCAGAGUCUCAGUCUAACACAUGGCCAAUGGACACAAAAAGUGAUGUGGAUUUUCUAAAUUGUGAUGUUUUUCAAAUGGAUGAAGAAAUGGACAACCCAACUUUAGCUGAACUGAAUGCUUCAGAAUCACUAUUAGAUGAUUUAGCUAGCAUAGUUGGUCCAACUUCUAGUGACAGUGACAAAACUAAAUCAUGGAAACAAGAAAAUGGGUCAGAAAUCUCGGAACAAGUGCAGCAGUUGAAUGGCAAUUGGUCUUCAACAGGUCAGCUGCCACAAGCUUCACAGCAAAGUUCACUUGCUAGACCUGUGUUUUGUGGAAGAAAACCAUCAGCAACUGUUACUUCAGAGUCUGAUAAUAACACUGUAUCAACUAGAAUGAGUCAGUUGCUGCAUAUUCAAACCAGUCCUCCUAAAAUUGAAUCAGAGUCCACCACUAGUCCAGUUCAAAGUGUGCCUAAUCCAAAGAUUCCGACUAGUCCUGCAAAACGAAAACAGAACAUUAGCAACAAAGAGGUUGAUGAAAAGUGGGAAGAAAUCAAACAUUAUAUAUAUGAUGAUGAUGAGCAGGAUGAAGAUAUACCACAACCAAAACAAACAAGACUCAGUACAGACUCUUACAAGUCUGUUGUUACAUCAAAUGAUGAAUCUGACAUGGAAAGUGAUCGAGAAUCUCACGACUCAGAUUCAGAUUAUGAUGACAACAGUCAAGAUUCAUGGUCAUAUAAACAUGAAACAGACACCUCGCAGAGAAAGUCUCGACAGUAUUUCUGGCAAUAUAAUUUACAAUCAAAAGGACCUAAAGGUGCCCGUGUCAGUUUUGAACAAUUAGAACAAGAUGAUCCACAUGUUGUAAAGGAUUUUGAAGAUCCAGUAUUUGAUCCUGUUGCAAGUAAAUUUGUUGCGGGAACGACAAUACGUCAUGGCGGUAAAGCUCGGAGAGGAGAUGGAACUGAUGUCUCACCAAAUCCAAAGAAACUUUAUCAGAUCGGUCAACAAAUUAACAAGUUAAACAAACAAAUUGACUCUUUUAUUCCAUUGAGUGAAAUGCCAGUCUCUAGUCGGAACAAGUCCAAAAAAGAAAAAAACAAGUUGGCUUCCAGAGCUUGUCGUUUGAAGAAAAAGGCACAACAUGAAGCUUACAAAAUCAAGUUACAUGGCUUAGAUAUGGAACAUAAACAGCUGUUACAACUUACACAAGAAAUGAAGCAGAAAUUUACAGAUGUCCUUCAGAAAACACUACCUGAAAGGAAAAUAGUUAAACAAGAAGGUACAGAUAACCUUCAAAUGACACAGUACUUAGAAAAAACAGCAGAAAAGGCUUAUACUUACAAGGUGGCUGGUGAUACAUCAGAAUUUGUAAACAGAGUGCUCUGUAAAGUAGAGGAAGGAGAUCCUACAGGUGGUCUGGAUCAAACAUAGACUUAACAUUAUAAACUAAAUAGACUAUAGUUCCAAACACUGUGAUGACUGUUCAAAAAUUGUUGUUAUCUUGGAUAUUGCCUUUAGUGUAAACUUUGUGAUUCUGGCAAUUAUUACUAAUGGUGAUAUCAUGUAUCUUCAUGUUGACUUUAAAUUACUUUUGGUACAGACAAUGUGAAAAAAGUUUUUGUUGUUUUUUCUUUGAAUGCUCAAACAGUUGACAUGUGCAUAGAAUGUUUAAUUGCUAGUAUUUUGUAUAUAAUGGUACAUUUAUGUGUAUAUCACUGUAAAUACAUUGUUAUUGUAUUCAAGCAAUGGAAAAAUUUUGUAAAUAGUACAUAUAGACUAGUGUGAUCUUAUGUAAAUAUUUCAUUUGUUGAUUUUGAGAAACAAAUCUGAAAGACUUGUAAUUUGUUGAUUAAAAAAUUAAAUGCAAUAAAGAUUGAUGUUUAUUUUGUCACUAAAAUUUGAAAUAGCAAAACAGUGUCUUUUUUUUCUUUGGCCUCUCGCAUGAUUUAAAGAAUAAAAUGUAUGUGGUUAAGGCUUUAAGAUGUAUAUAAAUCUUCAGUUUUAUGAUUUAACUAGUCAAAAAUUUCACAUGCUAGUACUAUAAAAGUUUAGUAGUCCAUCAUUUAUUUGCUAGUCAAACAUUAGAUUUGUUAGUAUUUCAUUGUAAGAUAUCAUAUGACUUGUAAAUAUGUGAAAAGUUCAAAAUUUGAAAAAAAAAUUGAAUUUGACAGUCUAUCCAGUUUCAUAAAUUCAUAAAAUGAAACAAUAGAAAUAUGUUUAGUUUAAUUUAAACAUUCACUAUAAUCUAUUGAAAUCCUGUAUUAUACACAGUAGAUGUAAUCAGAGUCCAUUUUAUUUGUUUGUUGUUGUUAUUUUUCUUUAUUUAUUGUGUGAAUUAUUUAUUUAUAGGAAUUGGUUACUCUACUGUCCACAGUUAUUUUUUAACCACUAUUAAUCGUGAGGUACUUAUAUUUGUUGAUUUUGUGGGUUAAGGUAAACAAUGAAUUUAAUUGUUCUUUCCAUAAAUAACUUUUUAAUAUGUAUGUUUGAAGAUUUGUUAAAACCACACAAAUUGGUACCCACAAAAUAAAAGAAUCUACAGUUAUUAGCAAAAAUUGGUGAUUGUAAUUUUAGUUCUCGUUUACUUGUAGAAUAUGAGGUUAUUUUAUUUGAAAUUUCUGUACAGUCUGUAGCAUACAUUAGGUAAUAAGGUAUCAGGACAAUGCAUUCUUAAAAUUCACCAGAUGUUAGUGUAACCAAUGUAAAUCUUGUAUUAUGUGUAGAAAAGUGUUUUAUAUAUUUUGAUAUAGUGCCAUAGUAGAUAGAAUUGUGUGUGCUUAUAUGUUGUAUUCAGUAUAUAAAUAACUGCUUUGAUAGAAAACAGUGCUUAUUUAAUUAGUUUAACCCUUUGUAAUUGAUGCUAAAUUCCAUUCAUAUAUCAUUGAAUUUGGAUGUAUUUUUGCUUUUUUAUACGCUGUGUUGCCAUCUCUAUUUAUACCUUAUUCAAAAAUAUAUAGGACAUUUUUAUUGAAUCAUUUUGAACAUUUAAAUGCACGGUUUUAGUAGAAACUAUUUUUUUAAAAGAAUUAACAACAAAAACACUUAUACAAAAUUUGGAUGACAAUCUUGUCUGUAUCUGAAACAAAUGACCCAAAAGACAUGAGAUUAUAUUAUUUGGGCCAAUCCAAAAUUACUGUAAUUCUUCCAUACAAUUUUUUCAUAAUCCAUUGCAGAUAAAUGAUCCACCCUGGUAUAUAAUAGUGCUUUUGAGAUGGCAAUACUUUACUGUAAAUAUAGAUGUAUUGUUAUAAAGAACUACUAUGGCUCAUUAAGGUCAGUAUGUAGUCAUUAAAUUUGAUGCUGGUGUGUUAUGUAUGGGACUUAUUUAAGUAAUAUUAAUGCUGUAUAGUACAAAUACAAAAAUGUACGUGCCUUCACUAUUGCCAAGGCCAUACUAAAAAUCUUCUUUUGGAAUCAUUUCCCUUGUAAUUUGACUGCAAAUUAUUUGUUUUAUACAUUUUCAGUACUUAUCUCAAAAUUACAAUCUAUCUUUGUUAGUAUGAGAAACAUGAUUUAUUUGAACAGUAAUUGAUCAUUUAAAAGACUUUUUUUAGCACCUGGUGGAGCAUUCCUAAGGCUUAUUACUAGAACAUUAUCAAUUAACUUUAGUAUUCCUGGCUACACCAAUACCAAUUAUUAUUGACUGGUCUUUAAGGGUUAUGUCGGUCAUUUUAAGGCUGGUGUUUAAGUUGUUUUUCAUUUGGUUACAAUUCUAACAAGUUUGUGUUGUAUUUAUUACUUAGGUAACCUGUUAAUUUUUUACUGACAAAUUGUUUGUGAUUAAAUUAGUUUUCAAAAAAAGUGGAAGCUAUACAAGUUUUUUUCUUAAAUUUUUGUAAAUAUUGCUCUGCAGAUAAUUUAGAACACGGGUCAGACUAACACAUAUUGCUUUACUGAAUAUAUAUUAGAAUAGUGUCAUGUCAGGCAUAUGGAGGGGAAUGUAAGGGGAAGGAGAAUGAUACAUGUGUAGAUUGAAGAUCUAUAAUUAUGUAUAAUUUAGGUUUUGUGAUGACAACUUCGAAUAAUUUUUUAGUGCACAGAAUUAUUGCCUUUUACAAAUGGAGAAUCAACACUAAACACAUUUGCUUGAAUCAUGUAUAUAUACAACUAGCUUAUUGCACUAAUGUUGUUAUGUUUUGUAGUAUUGAUUUGUCAAAGACUAUUUCAUAAAAUUGGUAGCCUUAAGUCUAAAGAAUGUCACAGUUUCUAUGAUAAAUGUCAAUAGAAUAAUAUGUACUAUAAUUUCAACAGAGACUGAAUACUCUUAAGAAUUCACUUGUUUUAUCAAAAAUUGAAUUUUAAACAACUAUAUUGUUUUAUGGAAUAGUCUUUCAAAAUAAAAUAUGUUUGAAAAGUACAGAAUCUUAAGAACCUGGCCAUGAUUUCUAAAAAAUAGUCUGAUGAAGUUUAUGGUAACCAAAGAAGUUUUCUUGAAAUCAUGGUCAGAUUGUAUAUAAAGUAAGCGGGUAAAGCUGUAAAUCCACAAGUCUUUCAGAAUAAGUAGGUUGUAUGAAGAAUUGUUAACUUUUGUAAAGAAUUGUUCCAUGUUAAAGUUUUGUUAACUGCAUCAAAUAAAAAACUGUAAAUAACA